CAUGCCAAAUCUUUUCAGUCUCCUGAACUGUCUUGGUGUGUUUGGCAGUGGGCGCUGAAUGUAAGCAUGUAAUAACAGCGGUCUGCAGGUAGAUCCUUUUUUUGUGAACAAAAUGUGCAAUUCACACUCUGACCUGUGAAUAGCAGCAAUACCCAACAAAGCGUCUAGUAUACCGGAAGACCACACGAAGAAGAAGAGCUCAUAAACAGGAGCCAUUUUAACAUCUUUCUCAGACGGCGCCAAACUACACAGAGAUAAUCCAAGAUGUCUGACGAGGGGAAGCUUUUUGUUGGAGGAUUGUGUUUUGACACCGAUGAAACUUCACUGGAAGAGGCGUUUUCAAAAUAUGGAAACAUUGCUAAAGUCGACGUUGUCAGAGAUCGUGAGACGCAGAGAUCCAGGGGUUUCGGCUUUGUGACUUUUGAAAACCCAGAAGAUGCCAAAGACGCAAUGGCUGCAAUGAAUGGCAAGUCGGUCGAUGGCAGGAUGAUUCGUGUGGAUGAAGCUGGCAAAUCAGGAGGAAGAUCUGACCGUGGGGGUGGCUUCAGGGGCGGUUCUGGUGGUUUCAGGGGCGGUUCUGGUGGCUUCAGAGGAGGCAGAGGAAGAGGUGGUGGAGGUUAUGGUGGGGGAGAAAGAAGUUAUGGCGGGGAUCGCAGCUAUGGCGGAGAUCGCAGCUAUGGCGGGGAUCGCAGCUAUGGGGGUGGUGGGGACCGCAGCUAUGGGGGUGGCUACAGGAGUGGUGGUGGUGGAGGAGGAUACUCCUCUGGGGGUGGCAGCGGAGGUUACAGAGAGGCCAGGAGUGAAGGUGGUUAUGGUGGCCGCUCUGGGGGAUCCUACCGAGACAGCUAUGACAGCUAUGCUACACACGAGUAAAAACAAAAACAAACUUCCUGAUUGCAAGAUCGUCCCAUCGCUGGCUGUUUUUUUAAAGAUGCGCUCUUCGAAGACUUUUUUUUUUCUGUUUGUGGUAUCUGGUUCUAGUGUUUUCUUUAACAAAUCAGCAUCUUUAGUCCUUUUUUAUCGUGUUGAAAGUAUUCUUCAGGAUCUCUGUCCUCAUGGCAGUAACUGAAAUCCUGUAGCAUUUAAUUACUGUAAGCCUUGAUGCUCAGUAAGGGUCUGAGUACCUUAAGCUCAAUAUGCCCUCCUGUUGCAGGGAGAAUGCACUGGGAGAAAAUCAAAUUUGAUAAUUUUAUAAAAAUGCCUUUGUUUGCAAUUAAACCUGUUUCUACUGUUGAAUCGUAACCUGUUCAACACAGCCUGAUAGCUUCUAAGACAAAUUCAAUCUUGACGAUGUUCCUGCUCAAUCGAAAGACUCAAAUAUCAGUAGCGACAUGUUUCCAUUUAAUCUCAUUUUUAACUGGAGUUGUAGUGAAUUCUGGUCUUUAAAAAAUGAAAUCUAUGAAAUUUACACUAGAAGCUGGAAAAGCUGUGAUUGUUCUCUAAAGACAUGUUGCUCCUUCAGUUCUGUAAUGCAUUCCUUUAGUGUAGCAAGGUAGGAAUGCUAAGUGGGAGCACUAGUUUCCAGCAGACCACCUUGAUAUUGCUAAAGAUUUGUCAAUACUCGGUAUCCAAAGAGUGAAUUACUUUGACUGGUGAACCUACUUCAGCUCUUUGGGCUGUAUUCUAGGUGUUAGUUGCAGCCUUCUGCAGUUGGCCUAAGGUACUUUGCUCUUUGCAAACAUGUGCAUAAUAUGCUGAUGGACUGAACGUUCACUCUCAAUGUUACUUCAAGGAUAUGUGCUCUCUGUUCUGUUAACCAACACCUAAGAUUUUUUUGUAUAUCCUGGCUUCAUGAAGCCUAUUAAACAACCCCGUUGAAAAUG